CGUCCGUCCGCCCGCGCGCCCGCGCGCCCGCCCGCGGCCCAGUCCCCCGCCUUACAUCGGAAAGGCAGAAUUGGAGAGAGAUCUUCCAUCUACUGGUUCCCUUCCCAAGUGCCAGGCUGAAGCCAGGAGCCCGGAACUCCACCCAGGUCCCCCAUAUGAGAACGGGGAAGUGACCUGCCUGGAGACACAGAGCGGGAGAGGCGGAGCUGGGCCUCCAGUCCAAGGCCAAGACCCCAGAGCCUCUGGGACAGGACCAUGGGCAGCAGCAAGAGCAAGCCCAGGGACGCGAGCCAGCGGCGCCGCAGCCUGGAGCCGGCCGAGAGCGCCCACGGAGGGGCCGGCGGCGCCUUUCCCAGCACGCAGACCCCCAACAAGCCGGCCUCCGCCGACGGCCACCGCGGCCCCAGCGCAGCCUUCGCCCCUGCCGCCGCCGAGCCCAAACUCUUCGGGGGCUUCAACUCUUCGGACACCGUCACCUCCCCGCAGAGGGCCGGGCCGCUGGCUGGCGGGGUGACCACCUUCGUGGCCCUCUACGACUAUGAGUCCCGGACGGAGACCGACCUGUCCUUCAAGAAGGGGGAGCGGCUGCAGAUCGUCAACAACACGGAGGGAGACUGGUGGCUGGCCCACUCGCUCAGCACGGGACAGACCGGCUACAUCCCCAGCAACUACGUGGCACCCUCCGACUCCAUCCAGGCCGAGGAGUGGUACUUCGGCAAGAUUACCAGGCGGGAGUCAGAGCGGUUACUGCUCAACGCAGAAAACCCAAGAGGGACCUUCCUGGUGCGCGAGAGUGAGACCACGAAAGGAGCCUACUGCCUGUCAGUGUCGGACUUUGACAAUGCCAAGGGCCUCAACGUGAAGCACUACAAGAUCCGCAAGCUGGACAGCGGCGGCUUCUACAUCACCUCCCGCACGCAAUUCAGCAGCCUGCAGCAGCUCGUGGCCUACUACUCCAAGCACGCCGACGGCCUGUGCCACCGCCUCACCACCGUGUGCCCCACGUCCAAGCCGCAGACUCAGGGCCUGGCCAAGGACGCCUGGGAGAUCCCCCGCGAGUCGCUGCGGCUGGAGGUCAAGCUGGGCCAGGGCUGCUUCGGCGAGGUGUGGAUGGGGACCUGGAACGGCACCACCAGGGUGGCCAUCAAAACCCUGAAGCCCGGCACCAUGUCCCCGGAGGCCUUCCUGCAGGAGGCGCAGGUCAUGAAGAAGCUGCGGCACGAGAAGCUGGUGCAGCUGUACGCCGUGGUGUCCGAGGAGCCCAUUUACAUCGUCACGGAGUACAUGAGCAAGGGGAGCUUGCUGGACUUCCUCAAGGGAGAGACGGGCAAGUACCUCCGGCUGCCGCAGCUGGUGGACAUGGCUGCGCAGAUCGCCUCAGGCAUGGCGUACGUGGAGCGGAUGAACUACGUGCACCGGGACCUCCGAGCCGCCAACAUCCUGGUGGGGGAGAACCUGGUGUGCAAGGUGGCUGACUUCGGGCUGGCCCGGCUCAUCGAAGACAACGAGUACACGGCCCGGCAAGGUGCCAAGUUCCCCAUCAAGUGGACAGCUCCGGAGGCUGCACUCUAUGGCCGGUUCACCAUCAAGUCAGACGUGUGGUCCUUUGGCAUCCUGCUGACGGAGCUCACCACAAAGGGACGGGUGCCCUACCCUGGGAUGGUGAACCGCGAGGUGCUGGACCAGGUGGAGCGGGGCUACCGGAUGCCCUGCCCGCCCGAGUGCCCCGAGUCCCUGCAUGACCUCAUGUGCCAGUGCUGGCGGAAGGAGCCGGAGGAGCGGCCCACCUUCGAGUACCUGCAGGCCUUCCUGGAGGACUACUUCACGUCCACCGAGCCCCAGUACCAGCCCGGAGAGAACCUAUAGGAGCAGGCAGGACCGGACUGGCUGCUCGGCUUGGCUCCUGGGCUGCGCCUGCCUGCCCUUGAGCCUCUCUGUGGGGCUGGCUUGCCCGGGACAAGGCCCCUCGCUCGCUCUUUGCUGGCCUGAGGCAGCCCAUGGAGCCGGGCAGUGCUGCCUGGCACCUGCCCAGGCCGCCGGCCUCCCGCCUGCACUCACCCCUUGACUCUUCCAGCCUCUGCGGGAGGAGCCGAGCAGCAGGGCUGGGGCCCAAGGCGCCCCGAUCGGCUGCAGCCUCUUCCUUGCGUCUGGCUUCUUGUCCACGGCCCACGCAGCCCCAGGUCUGUCUCCAGAGCUGGCCAAAGAACCUUUCCAAAGAGGAGCGAGGGCCCUGGCCGAGCCCGCCUGCCGCCCUGCCUGUCGCCAUCCUUUUCUGGUUCGGCUGUGGGUGGAGGCUGCUGUGUCUGUGCCCGCCAGCCAGCUCUCCCAGGCUGGGCAGCCCGAGCCCUCCCCUCUGAGACCUGCCCUUCUGAGACCCCAGGGACCCAUGGAGAGCAGCAGUUCCUUGCCCCCGUGUUGCCCACGGGGAAACCAUAUCCCCAGCGGGGCUGGGACUUGCCCGAGGCCACAGCAGUUUGCUGAGGUGGGAUCGGCGCCCGGUGCUCCUCUGUCUUCCUCAGGAACCGACAGGCAUCAUGACCACAGCAGGGCAGCCCAGGGGCCGAGGGUGGGCCCGAAGCCUCGCUGGGAUGGGAGUGGGUUGGGGCGGGGGAAUGUGAACAGCGCAGCUUCUGUCUGAGUGAGGCUGGUUUUGACCUUUGGAGCCUGCCGGCCGUGGACAGGAGUGAGCUCCCAGGCUCUGCAGGCAAUCAACACAAGAGUCAAGAGGCCGGCAGCCUCUGGCUUCGAGGGACUCCCAGCCCUCUUUCCCUAUUUGUCCUGUGGCAUUUCAGGGUCCGGCCUCUGUUCCCUUCCCCAGGUUGGCGCCCUGCUGGGUGGCCCUGGGUGCCUCCUGCCUGGGCUGUGUGACUGCUUCCUCUCCGGGCUGCAGUCUGCCCCACAGGUUGCCGUGGCCCUGUGAUGGGGCAGCCACGGUGAGCCCAGCCCUGGGACAGCAGGAGACCAUGUUUUGGCCCCGGCACUGCUGUCCGGCCUUAGGGUGCAUGGUGGCUUCCCCAGGGCCCAUGUGUAAAAGAGGUGGCAGGCAGUUUGUGGCAUCUUGCCAAGGGCCCCUCUGUGUGUGUGUGUGUGUGUGCGCCAUGUGCCCGCGUGUGUGUCUCCGUGUGUGUCGUAUUUAACAUGUAAAAAUGCCCCUGCUCCGUCCCCCAGACCCGUCCUGCACCUCACCUGCGGCCCGUUAUAGCAAUAACAUUCCGCUGCGGGUCGCCUCCAGCCAGCACGGCCCCGCAGCGCAGGAGGAGGCCACGGCGGUGCCUGCCCACGAAGUCUCCAUUUUCCCUCUCGUUUUUACCGUCCGUCCCAGUUAGAUCUGGGAUUGCUCGCCCGCCAGGUCUCACCCCCCCCCCCCACUCAAGGCCCUGUGUAUAAGGUGUCCUAAUACUGUCCUUUUUUUUUUUGUUUUUUAAACCAGUGUUUUGUAGAUUUCAGAUGACUAUGCAGGGGCCUGGGGGACCACCCGUGGCUCUGGGCAGGGCCUGGGGGUCCUACAUCCCACGGCCCAGGCUUGGGGGCAACCCAGAAUUGGUUGUAAAUACUUUGCAUAUUGUCUGAUUGAUUAAACACAAACAGA